UUGUCAUUCUAGUGCGGUAGUGUGUGUGUAUAUAGAGUAGCUUUAGCGGACUAGACUGACACAUGAUGCGACGCUAGCGGAAAUUAUCCGCGUUCCCCCUCCUCUUCGCACCGGAGGCUUGCGGAACAUUAUUCUCUGUCUAAAAGUACCGAACAAAACACACCAACUACAGGCGAAUCCCUACGAAUCGAGCUUUCAGGCUAACCCGUUAGCCAUGGAGGAACGGAAGGAGGAGGGAGAAGCCGAGAUCCAGGAGCACGGCCCUGAGCACUGGUUCUCUAAGUGGGAGCGCCAGUGCCUCGCUGCCGCCGAGCAGAGCGAGCCGCUGGGCGACGAGGAGACUGAGCAGAACCAACAGAAACUGUGGCACCUCUUCCAGAACUCGGCCACAGCUGUGGCACAGCUUUACAAAGACAGAGAGUGCCAGCAGCAAGGCCUUUCUCUCUGGGUGCCCUUCCAGAAUGCAGCCACUGCCGUCACGAACAUGUACAAAGAAAGCAUGGAGGCCCGCCAGCGCAGCUACGACCUUGGGUUCCAGAUCGGCUACCAGCGCAGGAACAAGGAAGUGAUGGCCUGGGUGAAAAAGCGGCGGAGAACCAUCCGUCGUGAGGAUCUCAUCAGCUUCUUGUGCGGCAAAAACCCCCCUCCCAGGGCAGCCCGGGCCCCUCCCCGGGGAGCCAUGGUGGCCGCCAGCCGGCCGCCACCGCCCGAGACGGGCAGCUCCGUGGAGACUGACCUGCAGCCCUUCAGAGAGGCCAUAGCCCUGCAUGGUCUCAGCGGCGCCAUGGCGAGCAUCUCCGUGCGCUCUUCGGGCCAACCGCCGGGCUCGCCCACCCACCCGGCUGUGGCGCCUCCCCACUGCCGUCGCCGCAAUGGCCUUCACGACGUCGACCUGAACACCUUCAUAGCCGAGGAGAUGGCCCUCCACCUGGAUUCGGCCGCCAACCGCAAGCGGGGCGCAGCCCCCUGUGGCGAUGUCAUCACAGACUCCCCUACGCAUAAACGCAACCGGAUGCUCUGAGGCCGACGUGAACUGAAACUCGCCAUCCUAGCUGAAAUGCUACGUAUAUUUAAAGUGAAAUACUAUACUUUAUUUCGACACAUGCUCCGUUUUCACUUGCCUUUCAGUGUGUGUGUCCCAUGACUUUUGGUUACCGAGCAACACAUGCACUAUUUAUGUUUACACUCGUGUUUACAUUGGGAGUAACCCAAUACAUGCGCCCCCCCCCUUUUGUUUUUAGUUCACACAUGCUUUGUGUACAAUUUAUGUAAUGUGUGUAAAUAAACAUGUAGGUGCUGUUAUUAUGUGGUAAAUAUUGUAAAGACAAAAAAGAGAACGGGGUUGUCCAUGUACAAUAAUAACCAAUUAUAACAAUAAAGGAACUACACGUGU